UGCCAUCAAAAGAAAAAUAUUGGCAUGAGUUUCUCUACAACAACACCAGAUGGUGUUCUUUCAGAGUUAAAAAUAGAUAAAGUUUUAUUUAUUUCAAGUUUCGUUUAUUGCAAAAAUAAUGACAGAUGUAAAAAAGUUGCAAGAAGCUAUUGAACAAUAUGAAACACAGCUUUCUCAAGUCCAAUUAGCAUUAUCUUCAGCUGUUGAAGGACACAACAGGGAUAAUUUAUUGAGCCUCCAAUCGGAUAUCCAAGAGCUUAUUGCAUUGACUAAAGAAAGUUUAAAAAGUGCUGAGGAAGGAAAAGAAUCUAGUGACAAUGAAGAUGAUGGUCUUUCUGACGAUGGUCAAAUUGAAGACGAUGAUGAUCCUUUAACUAAACAAUGUGCUAUGUUUAAGGCAGAAUUAGAAGAUGAUGAAUCUCAGGAUAAUGACGAGAACGAUAAACAAGAGGCUGCAAAUAGUAAUAAUAUAGAAGAUGAGCUCAAAACACUUGAAGGAAUGAAAUGUCGAGCUCCUCAUGGUAGCAGCUGGGGUGGCACUAGUUUUCACAAUGCUAUGGUCUCAUCUGUCCUUACCAAUAAUGACAAGAAUAUUUCUAGUAUUAAUGAUAUUAUGAUUAGAGUAUUCUUUAUUAAUCCAACUCAUAAAGAAAUGUUACCUUGUUCAUACUUCUUAGAUGGAGUAUGUAAAUUUUCUGAUGACAAAUGUCAUUAUUCACAUGGAGAAAUAGUUCCGUUUUCUGCUCUAGAAGAAUACAAAGAACCUGACUAUUCUACAAUUAAAAUGGGUAGUAGAGUAUUAGCUAAGGAUACAAAUAAAAUAUGGCAUAGAUCAGUGAUUUUACAAGUUCCUGAUAGUAAUGAAGAAUUUUACCGAGUAAAAUUCGAAGCUAGUGGUAAAAUCAUGGAAGUAUAUCUUUAUGACAUUGUACCACUACAAGACAAUGAGUUAGAAAUGUCAGACUCAUCUGAUGACAGUAAUAAAUCAGAUACUAAUAAUAUGAUUGACGAAACAAAAAAGAGAGAUGUUAUCCAAAAAUCACUCCUUCAUAUGAAUUCUUCUGAGCCUUUAGGGAAUUGGGAGCGCCAUACGCGUGGAAUGGGAAGUAAAUUGAUGGCUCGAAUGGGGUACGUAGUAGGUACAGGAUUAGGAAAACGUUCAGAUGGAAGAGUUAUUCCAAUUGAAGCAACUGUAUUACCCGCUGGCAAGUCUUUGGAUCAUUGCAUGGAACUUCGUUUGAAUGCUGGAGGAGAUGAAGAUUUAUAUUCAGUUGAGAAGAGGAUGAAAAAAGAAAGAUUAAAAUUAGAAAAAAAACAACAAAAACAAUAUGAGAGAGAAAAGAAUCGAAACAGCACAGUUUUUAAUUUUAUUAACGAUACUUUAGGUAAUAAAAAUCAAGGGAUAGAGAAUUUAAAACCUGGUAGUUCAAAAAUGAAAACAAAUUUAAAAGGAGAAUCAACCCGAGACUUAAAUGUAGCAAACUUUCGUGUCGGUGAAGAUAUAUUAAGAUUGGAGAGAGAAUCUUUGAAAUUAAUGAAUUCCUUAGGAAAAUACAGUAAAGGAAGCCUUCCUUAUAAUAAUAUCAUAAUACAGUAUAACGAAAAACAGAAUGAAUUACUACAUUUACGGUCUAAACAAAAAAAUAUAAUAACUGAACAAAGUCACAGAAAAGACAAAGCAAAAUUAUCUGUGUUUUGAUGUGUAGACGUGAUAUUUAUUGUAUUUAUAAUUUCCACAAUGCAUUCACCUUGUAUAUAUCGCUUGCGUGCACUUAUUGAGUAAUAAUAAAUAAUAGAAUAACGAUA